AGCCAGCGCCCUGAGUCGGCGCCGGACAUGUGCGUGCGUGUGGCGUAAGACGUCGGAUGAGGAGGCGGGCUUUCUGGCUCUGUCCGAAGCCAUUUCCGUCAGGAGCCGGAAGUCCGUCCUGGAUUGCAUCGGGGGAGGCCUGUUCGUGGGCCUGAAACCUGGGGCUGCUGGUCCUCCCGCGCCCGCAGGUUGCCUCAUGGUGCGGGCCGCGGCAGCCAGCCCCCGUGCGGAUUGGCGGCGCUAAGGCGCCGGGGCAGCGCGCGACAUGUCGUCGGGCCUCCGCGCCUCCGUCUUCCCCCGCUGGAAGCGCCACAUCUCGGAGGAGUUGAGGCGCCGGGACCGGCUGCAGAGGCAGGCGUUCGAAGAGAUCAUCCUGCAGUAUAACAAGUUGCUGGAAAAGUCAGAUCUUCAUUCAGUGCUGGCCCAUAAGCUACAAGCUGAAAAGCAUGACAUACCAAACAGGCAUGAGAUAAGUCCUGGACAUGAUGGUGCAUGGAAUGAUAGUCAGCUGCAAGAAAUGGCCCAGCUGAGGAUUAAACACCAAGAAGAACUGACUGAAUUACACAAGAAACGUGGGGAGUUAGCUCAGUUGGUGAUUGACCUGAAUAACCAAAUGCAGCAGAAGGACAAGGAGAUGCAGAUGAAUGAAGCCAAAAUUGCAGAAUGCUUGCAGACCAUCUCUGAUCUCGAGACCGAGUGCCUGGAACUACGCACUAAGCUUCAGGACCUUGAAAGAGCCAACCAGACCCUGAAGGAUGAAUAUGAUGCCCUGCAGAUCACUUUCACUGCCCUGGAGGAGAAACUGAGGAAGACUACUGAGGAGAACCAGGAGCUGGUCACCAGAUGGAUGGCUGAGAAGGCCCAGGAAGCUAAUCGCUUAAAUGCGGAGAAUGAGAAGGAUUCGAGGAGGCGGCAAGCCCGGCUGCAGAAGGAGCUCGCAGAAGCAGCAAAGGAACCUCUCCCAGCUGAGCAGGAUGAUGACAUUGAAGUCCUUGUGGAUGAAACCUCCGAUCACGCUGAGGAGGCCUCUCCGGUGCGGGCCGUCAGCAGAGCAGCCGCUAAGCGACUCUCGCAGCCUGCUGGAGGCCUUCUGGAUUCUAUCACUAAUAUCUUUGGGAGGCGCUCUGUGUCUUCCUUUCCAGUUCCCCAGGAUAACGUGGAUACUCAUCCUGGCUCUAGUAAAGAAGUGAGGGUGCCAACGACUGCAAUGUGUGUCUUCGACGCUCAUGAUGGGGAGGUUAAUGCUGUGCAGUUCAGUCCGGGUUCCCGGCUCCUGGCCACGGGAGGCAUGGAUCGGAGGGUGAAGCUCUGGGAAGUGUUCGGAGACAAAUGUGAGUUCAAGGGCUCCCUGUCUGGCAGUAAUGCAGGAAUUACAAGCAUUGAAUUCGAUAGUGCUGGAUCUUACCUCUUAGCAGCGUCAAAUGAUUUUGCAAGCCGCAUCUGGACUGUGGAUGACUAUCGGUUACGGCAUACACUCACGGGACACAGCGGCAAAGUGCUGUCUGCCAAGUUCCUGCUGGACAAUGCGCGUAUUGUUUCUGGAAGUCACGACCGGACCCUCAAACUCUGGGAUCUACGCAGCAAAGUCUGCAUAAAGACGGUAUUUGCCGGAUCCAGCUGCAAUGAUAUUGUCUGCACAGAGCAGUGUGUGAUGAGUGGACAUUUUGACAAGAAAAUUCGUUUCUGGGACAUCCGAUCAGAGAGUAUUGUCCGAGAGAUGGAGCUCUUGGGAAAGAUUACUGCCCUGGACUUAAACCCAGAAAGAACUGAACUCCUCAGCUGCUCCCGAGAUGACCUGCUAAAAAUUAUUGACCUACGAAUAAAUGCCGUCAGACAGACAUUCAGCGCGCCGGGCUUCAAGUGCGGCUCCGACUGGACGAGAGUUGUGUUCAGCCCUGACGGCAGUUACGUGGCAGCAGGAUCGGCCGAGGGCUCCCUCUACAUCUGGAGCGUGCUCUCCGGGAAAGUGGAGAAGGUCCUUUCAAAGCAUCACAGCUCAGCGAUCAACGCCGUGGCCUGGUCGCCUGCCGGCUCCCAUGUCGUCAGCGUGGACAAAGGAAGCAAAGCUGUGCUGUGGUCAGAGUACUGAGGGCACCUCGUCAGGAGAGAGCGGAUCAGAAGCUGGAGGGGCACGCGGGCCCCACGGCUCUGUCCUGGCAGGUGGCGCCUGGACUGUGGCUUUGACCUCCAGAGAAGAGCUCGAGCCGUGGGGCGCAGUAGCCUGCCUUGGAGCAGGGCUCCCGAGGGUCGUGGCUGAGGUCCCGUGGCCUGAAAGAGUAACACUGAGAAAAACCUGAUGCUGCGGUCGCUCAGCAGAGGUUCAGGUUCUUGCCUUGAUUCAAGUGGGAAACACUACUGGCUCUGAUCUUGCAUACCUCAGUGGGGGGAGGGCAGGCACCUGCGGGCUUCUUCCCUGGGCAGCGGUGCCGCAGACGCCCCCUGCACCGGGUGUUGCUUCUCCCCUGUGCUUUCUCCCGUCCUUCCAAAGUCGGUUCUGGCCUGAUGAAGGUCCUGUCACCUUGGGGUCAUUUUCCCGGGGAACUUGCUUUAAUCAUGGAUUAACAGAAACCCAGGUGGGAUUGCCCCUGCCCUCAGGUAGCCCACGGGGACGGUGGGACUGUGGUCCCCCUGCUGGCCUGUGUCUUUACUACGAGGCUCUUACUCUGAUCUCACCUGAUCACAGUUGGAAUUUCCUUAGGUCUCCUAAACUGUUCUUAGAAAGCAACUGUUCUUCAAAACUCCUUCCUCCCUCCCCUCCCCCCCAGUUCUACAUAUCUAUCUCUUGGUCAAGGAAUAAAUCUCAAUUUGGUUUAAAAAAAAAAAAAUUGGCAGUGGGUAGGAGAAGAAGUGCACAACCCUUUUUCCAGAGAAGCGGGUGAGCUGCAGGAAUAAAGACUGUAUUCCCGGAUCAUCUGUAGCUUCUCAGAAGGUGGGCCGCCCCCUUCUUCCCGGCUGUGCUGGGGUUACAGUUGCCGGUGGUGUGGGAUUGGAGGCCUCCAGUGUAUUACCCUGGAGCCAGUAGUUCCGGGUCGCUGCCCCUUUGCCAAGCCUAUGUGCAAUACCCCCUCGGUGCUUUAGUGCAGGAAGCCCAUUCCAGGAAGCAUGGGAAUGCCGUCUUUCGAUUUCGGGACUUGCGAGUAAGGCCGGGAAGAAACUGGCCUAUGCAUUUUUUUUUUAAACGUUUAUCUUUACCAUCUUACUCGUUUAUAAAAUUCUAGUUCCUUGAGUGACUGAAACACCAAUAUUUUUAUCACUUACUCAUUCGCACUUUAAUUUUCUUCCUUCCAGACUUGUUCUCUGGACAUCUGUGGGAGCGAGGGCUAGAGCAGGGCGAGGACGGGCUGCGCGCUCCCUCUGAUGGUGUUGGCGGCUCUGUUCUCGCCUUUCCCCUGCCCUCGCCUCCCCUUUUCAGUUUGCUGUUCAGGGAACUCGUGCUGAGGGGAGUUGAAAUUCACAGGCCAGGGCAUGUCUUUUAUUUAUUUAAUUAUGUUGCCCAACAGAACUUGAUUGUAAAUAAAAAAGAAAUCUGUUAUGUACUUUUCACACUC